AUCAACACAUGCGAUCACCUAUCAAUAUCAGUGUUGUUCGAACUCUUCGCUGUGUGACAAACUCUCACUCGGAACUGUUGAGGAUGUGUGCUGCGAAUUCUGAGAGCAUGUUUCUUUAAAGCCUGGUAAUAUUUUGCCAGUGGACCAUGGUCAUCCAAGACUGGCGCGUUAUGGUGUCAGUUUCGUGAAGAGUGUUGCGAAGAACGGUUGUUUGGUGCUUGGCAGAAACAACAAACAGAUUCGAAAUGGUACAUUUAAAGCAACAUAUGAUAGAUCCGGAAACCACAAGACUUGUGACGUAUGAGAGCAGUAUCAAGUCUGGCACUCACGGCGAAGUGUACCAAAAGCAGCUUGCUCAAAUUCUUAUGCUGAGACUGACACGAGAAGGGAAGGAUUUCCACCUGGCUUACGAGCUGACAGCCGCGGAUAAGUUUGACGAUGUGGUGCUGUACGAUAAGACUGCCAAACAAUGGACUUUUGUUCAGUUAAAACAUGCCGACGGCAAAGACUCAAAGAUAGAUCUCAAUGGAUUGCUCCCACAAACACAUCAGGAGAAAGGAGAUUUCAGUUUGUACAAAUAUUUUCAUUCUUACAUGAUAGUUCGAAACAGGUUCAAAGGCAGACCAAACUUCGUGCUGUUUACCAAUAAGAAACUUGACGAAAAGUUAAAGACAGCUGCAGACUGCUUGACGAUCGAUGAUCAAGAUGUAGAUGAAUAUCUCCGCUUUGCAUCAAAAGGAGCAACCCACAAAGUACUGACACCGACUGAAUCUACAAUUCAAUCAUUUAUAGAAUACGCAAACAAAGAUUUAUAUUCUCUAAAGGACGCUAUCAAGCAACUUUUUACUGAUGGAAUCAUAACAAACGACCUUCAAAAGUACAAUGCCUACUUAAAUGAUAUUUUGAAGCAGUCGAGAAACAAUCAAAUAAGAUUCAAAGAAACCUUCAACGACUCAUUGGUUUUCAUUGCUAAAGUGUACAAAGUGCUUCAACCAGAGCUACACAAUUUUAAACCAAUUGAUAAACCACUAGAACUCAACAUUAAAGAAGAGGAAUAUGGAUCUUCAAAAUACCUGACAGUGGAAGGUCAGGAUUUCGACCACCUAAUUGACGCCAUCAGAAAUCUUUUUCAUAACGGAAUUGUAUCCAAUCAUUUAAAAAAGUAUGAACAUCUACUAGCUUUGAUCCUUACAACGAAUGCUAAUGGCCAGCUAGCAAUCAAAGACACAUUCAAUAAUGAUAUAGUAUGUAGAGCUGAAUUGUAUAAAAUGUUGAAGACUGAAUUGAGUGACCUAAAUAAGGAGAUUACAACGAAACAGAAACUUUUCGAUCGAAAGGAUUCACGGCGAAAAUACCAUUCAAUGGUGUUCUAUGCGGAGGCAUCUGAUGUGAGAGAAUUCUUUGCGUUACUUACAUUAUCUGUGCAUCAACCGGAAGAGUUGGAACCCUUCAUCGUCGAGGAGUUAUACUCGUGGAUGAGAAUGUGGCUGCGACCUGACGUUUUAGGUAAGCUUACCGAAAAUGUUGAUAAAAAUAUGGUGAAGUAUUUGGACGAUCUUUUUGAAGCAACGCUGAAAUGCGAGCAAGGCAAUUGCAAACCAUAUUUGAAUCAACAUUAUAUACAGCAGUAUUGCUGCAAGUUACGGUCGAAAAUUGCAGAAUUUCACCCAGAAUUGAAUGAUACGGAUCUGUUAUAUAUUAACAGGGUGCUUGUAUUUGAACAAGAGAACAUUGAUGCAGCAGAACAUGUAAAAGAUGCUAAAUUGAAUGGAAGCAAAAACUCUGGGAUAGAUCCUACUUCUGGAAGAUUGGUUUCACUUGAUAAUGAUAUGUUAGAAAAUGAUUCUGAAAGAGAUGCUACAAUAUCACUUCCCGACAGAACUUACGAGGAAAUGACCGAUACUCAGUUUGCAAAAAAUCUGAAGCUGAGAUUCGCAAAUUAUCAGUGUUUAGUUUUGACGGCGGAUCCAGGGAUUGGUAAAACUGAGCUUCUCCAAUAUGUUGCCCUUGAACAUCAAAAAUGUAAAUCAGGAGCAGUUUUCUUAUUUUACUUCAACAGAAUACAAGAUUUUGAUUAUAUUUCAAAAGAUAAAUCACCAUUGGAUGUUCUUAAAUCUGGAUUAUCUCCAAAGAAUAUUAAGCUCAUAAAUAACGUUUCGAAAAAUAUGUCAAAUCAUCAUAUUACAAUACUGUUUGAUGGAUAUGAUGAAAUCCAUGAGAAAAAUAGAAAUAGGAUCAACAAUCUGUUUGAAUUCAUAUUGAAAUCAAGCCAUAUUCAACUUAUUGUAAGUGUAAGAAAUCAUGAGAAAAACACAUUGCAGAGCUUUUUAAAGAAACACAAGGUACAUGUCAAAUUCUUUUCUUUGGAGCCGUUUAACAGUGAAAAUAUUAUUGAAUACCUUGCAGAGUCCUGGAAAGAAAAUGCAAAAUAUAAUAUCUAUUCCAAAUUUGUUUCAUAUUCCCAAUUCUUGGUUGAGAAAUUUUAUAGCUUUUGCAGAGUUCCAUUGAUGGUUAAAAUGAUGGCUGAAAUCUACAAGCAACGUUUCCAGCAAUUCAAAGAAACUAGUCUGAUGGAUAAAGACGGCGAAAUAAGCUAUUUGGAAAGAGAAUUCUUAGAAGUCGAGCACAUUUACGAAACUUUCAUAGAAAAAUGUUUACUAGUUAAGAUAGAGGACGCAUGCAAUGGCAUUGGGCAAGUCGACCCAUACAAACAAAUUUUUGAUGGGUUUUAUCUAGACCAUCAACUGCUGGCAAUAGAACAUCUUGAUGUCAGCGAGCUCAAAUUCAUCUUCAAGAACCCAAAGUAUAAGAAAAAGCGGGACUGUUUCCUAGAACGUCAUCUGAACCGGUUUGAAAAAUCCAUUCUUGUAAAAUUUGUUGGCAAUAAAGUGUUUUUUUCACAUUAUUCCUACGCUGAGUAUUUUGUUGCCAAUUUUCUGUGGGACGAAUUCGUUUACUUAAAAAACGUUAUUAAAAAUGUUUUGUCAGUUUUCGCGGGUAUAAGACAUUUUUUUAUCAAAAUAGUUGAAAAAAAUUUCAAUUAUUUCGUUUCAGAUAUCACCCGAAUCACGUCUUUUGUUUCAAAAAAAGUAGUUUUCUGGGCUUGUGAAAGUAAUGCUGUAGAGUUGUUGAAAUAUGGGCUUUCCAAAAAAUUUCUGCUCAGACCAAGGAAGGCCAAAAUGCUUCACAUUGCCAUUAAAAACGGCAGUGACAAAAUAUGUUCCUAUUUGAUGGAUGUCUGUAAAAUACAUCCCGAUGAUAAGUAUGACGGUGAUUUAGUUCCUUUACAUUCGGCCGUAAUACACGGGCAUAGAAAUUUAGUACUGUUACUGCUAGGAAAAGGAGCUGACAUCAACAUUCGGAGCACAGAGGGAUGGUCAGCUCUGCAUUAUGCAGUUCAUCACAAACAAAUAGCAAUUGCAAAGUUUUUGAUCGACAAAAACGUUGACGUGAACUCUUUGAACAAAAACAAAUGGAAUGCACUUCAUAUUUCCUGUAAUAAUGGUGAUGUUGAUAUGACGAAAGUUUUAAUACAGAGAGGUGCUCAGCUUGAUAUACAGACAAACGAAGACAAAACUCCUUUACAUUUGGCUGCUGCUGGAGGACACGCAAAGGUUGUAAACAUUUUAACUGAAAAUUUGAUCAAAAAGUCUCCUUUGAACAGUAUGAUCUGCAAUGCAUAUCAAACUGCUGUCCGUUAUGGCCAUAGGUCUGUGGAGGAAAUACUAAUCAAAAAAUUUCCCGAACUCGCUGACGAUACAAUAUAUGUCAAUGAUCCGCUAAUCCACUUUGCGGCUCAGGAAGGAAUGUUUAAAAAAGUCAAAACAUUGCUCGACGGUGGUGCUAAAGUUGAUGCAUUGAAUAUAACCAAGCGAACAGCUCUGCAUCUUAGUGCAUCUGCUGGUCAUCGCCUUAUUGUUGAAUUGUUGCUUGUAAAAGGUGCAACCAUAAACAUUGCUGAAAUAAAUGGUUGGACUCCGCUUCAUUUUGCAUGCCAAAAUGGCCACAAAGAGGUUGUGCAGACUUUGAUCAAAAAUAAUGCCAAGCUUGAAAUACUGAAUAACAAUAACUGGACAGCUCUUCAUCUUAGUGCAUUCUACGGUCACUGCGCUAUUGUGAAUUUACUGCUCAAAAACCGUGCAAACGUAAAUGCUGUUGGUGAACAUGCUAUGACGCCAUUGUUUUCGGCAUGCCAGAAUGGUCACAAAGAUGUAGUGCAGACUUUGAUUAAAAGAGGCGCCAACAUUAACGCAUUGAGUCACAAUAAAUUGACAGCUCUGCACAGAAGCGCUGCAGAAGGUCUCUACGAUAUUGUAAAUUUGCUGCUUGAUAAAGGUGCAAACGCUAACGCUGUUGACAUUGGUAAAUGGACGCCACUUCAUUGGGCAUGUCAGAAUGGUCAUACAGAAAUUGUGGAGAUAUUGAUCAAGAAAGGUGCAAACAUUGGCGCAUUAACUAACAAUAGAUGGACAGCACUUCAUAAAAGUGCUUCCAAAGGUUACUGCGAUAUUGUGGAAUUAUUACUUGACAAAGAUCUAAAUGUCAACGCGAUGGAAAUAAAUAAUCUGACACCACUUCAUUGGGCAUGUCAAAAUGGUCACAAAGGAGUUGUGGAAACUUUGAUCAAAAGAGGUGCAAACAUUCACGCAUUGACUAUUACCAAAUGGACAGCGCUUCAUGAAAGUGCCUCCAAAGGUUACUACGAUAUUGUUGGUUUACUAAUUGAUAAAGGUGCAAACGUCAACGCUAUUGACACAGAUACAUGGACACCGCUUCAUUGGGCAUGUCAUAGUGGCCAUAAAGAUGUUGUGGAGACUUUAGUUAGAAGAGGUGCCAACAUUGACGCAUUGACUCACAAUAAUCGGACAGCUCUUCAUGUAAGCGCUUCCAGAGGUCACAGCGUUAUCGUUGAUUUACUGCUUGAUAAAGGUGCCAACAUACACGCCGUUGACAAGGAUAAAUGGACAACGCUACAUUGGGCAUGCAAGAAUGGUCAUAAAGAGGUUGUUAAUGUGUUGCUAGGAAAAGGUGCCAACAUUGACGCGUUGACUCACGAUAAUUGGACAGCUCUUCAUGUAAGCGCUUCCAGAGGUCACAGCGUUAUUGUAGAUUUACUGCUUGAUAAAGGUGCCAACAUACACGUCGUUGACAAAGAUAAAUGGACUACUCUACAUUGGGCAUGCAAGAAUGGUCAUAAUGAGGUUGUUAAUGUGUUGCUAGGAAGAUGUGCCAACAUUGACGCGUUGACUCGCGAUAAUUGGACAGCUCUUCAUGUAAGCGCUUCCAGAGGUCACAGCAUUAUUGUAGAUUUACUGCUUGCUAAAGGUGCGAACAUUAACGCUGUCGAAAUAGAUAAAUGGACACCGCUGCAUUGGGCAUGCCAAAACGGUCAUGAAGAAGUUGCCGAGAUAUUGCUCAGACGUGGCGCCAAAAUUGACGCAUUAACUCACAAUAAUUGGACAGCCCUUCAUAAGAGUGCUUCCAUAGGUCACUCUGCUAUUGUAGAUUUACUACUUGAUAAAGGUGCGAACGUAAACGCUGUUGAGAUAGAUAAAUGGACACCGCUCCAUUUGGCAAGCCAGAAUGGUCAUGAAGAAGUUGCCAAGACAAUAAUAAGAAGAGGUGCCAAAAUUGUCGCGUUGACGAAUGAAAACUGGACGGCACUUCAUGCGAGUGCAUUUGCUGGUAGCAGUGUUAUUGUUGAUUUACUGCUUGAUAAAGUUGCGAACGUCAACACUGUUGAAAUUAAUAAUUGGACACCGCUUCAUUGCGCAUCCAUGAAUGGGCACAAAGAAGUAGUGGAGACCUUAAUUAAAAGACGUUCCAACAUAAACGCUUUGAAUAAAGAUAAGUGUACAGCUCUUCAUGUUAGUGCUUCGGCAGGUCACCUCGUGGUUGUAGAUUUACUACUCGAUGAAGGUGCACAUGUUGACGCUGUUGAAAAAGAUAAAUGUACGCCGCUUUACAAGGCAUGUCGAAAUGGUCACAAAGCUGUCGUGGAGACUUUGAUAAGAAAAGAUGCUAACAUAAAUGCACGGACACACCAUAAAUGGACAGCUCUUCAUGUAAGUGCAUCUGUAGGUCACUGCGAUAUUGUAGAUUUUCUACUCGAUAAAGGUGCUAAAGUGAACGCUACAGAAAGAAAUAAAUGUACACCGCUUCAUUUAGCAAGCAAACAUGGGCACAAAGCUGUCGUUGAGACUUUAAUAAGACGAAGUGCCAACAUAAAUGCAUGGAGUCAUAAAAAAAGGACAGAUUCAGUGCAUAAAAGCAGUGUACACGCUAACACUGUAGAAAUAGACAAAUGGACACCGCUUCAUAUGGCGUGUAAGAAUGGUCACAAAGAUGUUGUAGAGAUUUUGACAAGAGCAGAUGCCAAUAUUGAAGCAUUGACACAGAAAAAAUGUACAACUCUACAUGUAAGUGCUUUCGAAGGCCAUCGCCAUAUUGUAGAAUUUCUACUUGAUAAAGGUGCUAACGUAAAUGCGGUUGAAAUAGAUAAUUGGACGCCGCUUCAUUUGGCAAGCCAAAAUGGUCACAAAGACGUAGUGGAGACCUUAAUCAGGAAAGAUGCCAACAUUAAGGCAUUGACACGACAUUCAUGGACAGCUCUACAUGUUAGCGCUUUCAACGGUCACAGUGCUGUUGUGAAUUUACUGCUUGAUAAAAAUGCAAACGUAAACGCUGUUGAUAAGGACAAAUGGACACCGCUUCAUUGGGCGUGUCAAAACGGUCGCAGACAUGUUGUGGAGACUUUACUUAAAAGACGUGCCAACAUUGGCGCAUUAACACAAAAUAAUUGGACAGCUCUUCAUGCUAGUGCUUACGAAGGUAACUGCAUUAUUGUAAACCUUCUACUUGAUAAUGGUGCAAAUGUUCACGCUGUUGAUACAGAUAAAUCAACGUCACUACAUUUGGCAUGCGAAAAUGGGCACAAAGAGGUUGUUGAGGCACUGAUCACGCGAGGUGCCAACAUUGAAGCAUUAACUCACUCCAAAUGGACAGCUGUACAUAAGAGUGCUUCCAAAGGUCACUGUGAUAUUGUAGAAUUCCUGCUUGAUAAAGGUGCAAACGUAAACGCUGUUGAAACAGAUCAGUGGACACCGCUUCAUUGGGCAUGUCAGAAUGGGCAUAAAGAUGUGGUUGAGGUACUGAUCAAAAGAAGUGCCAACAUCGAGGCAUUGACCUACAAUAAGUCGACAGCACUGCAUAAGAGUGCUUCCAAAGGUCACUGUGAAAUUGUAGACUUAUUGCUCGAUAAAGAUGCAAACGUAAACGCCGUCGAAAAAGAUAAAUGGACACCGCUUCAUCUGGCAUGUCAGAACGGUCACAGAAACGUUGUGCAGACUUUGAUUCUACGAGGUGCCACGAUUGAUGCAUCAACACAAAAUAAUUGGACACCUCUCCAUGUAAGUGCUUACAAAGGUCACUGUGAUAUAGUAAAUCUACUACUUAAUGAAGAUGCAAAUGUCCGCGCUGUUGCAACAGAUAAAUCAUCACCGCUUCAUUUGGCAUGCGAAAAUGGGCAUACAGAGGUUAUUGAAGCACUGAUUAGACGAGGUGCCGACAUUGAAGCAUUGACACAAAAUAAAUGUACUGCACUUCACGUAAGCGCAUCCAAAGGUUACUGUGGUAUUGUAGAUAUACUGCUUGAUAAAGGUGCAGACAUGUACGCUGUUGAUAUAGAUGAAUGGACACCGCUGCAUUGGGCAUGCCAUAAUGGUCACAAAAAAGUUGUGGAUACUCUGAUACGAAAACGUGUCAACAUUGAGGCAUUGACUCUAGAAAAAUGUACUGCACUUCAUGUAAGCGCUUCCAAAGGUCACUAUGAAAUUACCGAAUUAUUGCUUGAUAGAGGUGCAAACGUUAACGCUGUCGAAAUUGAUAAAAGAACUCCGCUUCAUUUGGCAAGCCAGAAUGGGCACAAAGAUAUAGUGGAGACUUUAAUCAGAAAAGGCGCAAACGUUAACGCAUUGACACAGGAUAAAUGGACUGCUCUCCAUUUAAGUGUAUUAGAAGGGCACAGAGAUAUUGUCGAUUUACUGCUUGAUGAAGAGGCAAAUAUAAACGCAGUUAAUGAAGACGAAAUAACGCCACUCUAUUUGGCGUGCCAGAUUGAUGUCAAAGAGGUUGUGAAGACUUUGAUACGAAGAGGUGCAGCCUUUGUCGAAUUAACUCACAAUAAAUGGACAGCUCUUCACGAAAGUGCUUCUAAAGGUUACUGCGCCAUUGUAGGGUUACUACUCGAUAAUGGCGCGAAAGUAAAUGCUGUUGAAGUAAAUCAAUGGACGCCACUUCAUUUGGCAAGUCAGAAUGGCCACAAAGAUAUUGUGGAUAUUCUGAUUCGCAGAGGUGCCAACAUUAAUUCAUUGACUCAAAAUGAAUAUACAGCUCUUCAUUUGAGCGCUUCCAGAGGUCACUGCGAUAUUGUAGAAAUAUUACUUGAUAAAGGUGCAAACGUAAACGCUGUUGAAAUCGAUAAGAAGACCCCACUUCAUUUAGCAAGCCAGAAUUGUCAUAAAGAUGUAGUGGAUGUGUUGAUUAAAAGGUAUGCCAACAUAAAUGCAUUGACGCAAAAUAAUUGGACUGCUCUUCAUGUAAGUGCGUCCGAAGGUCACUGCGAAAUUGUAGAUUUACUGCUUGAUAAGGGUGCAAACCUAAACCCUGUUGGGAUUGACAAAUGUACACCGCUUCAUCUGGCAUGCCAGAACGGCCACAAAGAUGUAGUGGAUGUGUUGAUUAAAAGAGAUGCCAACAUAAAUGCAUUGACACAAAAUAAUUGGACUGCUCUUCAUGUAAGUGCUUCCAACGGUUAUUGCGAUAUUGUAGAUGUACUGCUUGCUAAAGGGGCAAACGUAAACGAAAUAGGAAUAGACGGAUGGACACCGCUUCAUUGUGCUUGUCAAAAUAACCACAAAAAUGUAGUGGACAAAUUGAUUGAGAGGGAUGCCAACAUUAAAGCAUUGACUCAGAAUAACUGUUCAGCCCUGCAUGUAAGUGCUUCUGCAGGUCACUGUGAAAUCGUACAGUUACUUCUUGAUAAAGGUGCUAAAUUGAACGCUGUCGAGAAUGACAAAUCGACCCCACUGUAUUCAGCAUGCCAGAAUGGCCACCAAGACGUAGUGAAGGUUUUGAUAGGAAAAGGUGCUAACAUCAAAGCAGUGAAUCGCAAAAGUUGGACAGCUCUUCAUGUUAGUGCUUUCAAAGGUCACUGCUUCAUAGUAGAAUUGUUACUUAAUCAAGGUGCAAAAGUGAACGCUUCCGUCAAAGACAAAUCAACACCGCUACAUUUAGCAUGCCAAAAUGGUCACAAAGAUGUAGUGGAGACUUUGAUCGGGAGAAGUGCCAACAUUGACGCAUUGACUAAGGAAAAUCGCACAGCGCUUCACGUAAGCGCUUCCAAAGGUCACAACGACAUUGUAGACUUACUGCUUGAAAAUUGUGCAAACGUAAACGCCGUAGAUGUUAAUAAAAUGACCCCGCUACAUUUGGCAAGCCAGAAUGGACACACCGAUGUAGUGGAGACUUUGAUUAGAAGAAGAGCCAACAUUGACGCAUCGUCACAUUAUAAAUGGACAGCUCUGCAUAAAAGAGCUUCCAAGGGUUAUCGCAUCAUUGCAGAUUUAUUGCAUACUAAAAGUGUAAACUUUAACGCUGUUCGAAUAGACAAAUGGACAAAUGGCAAACGCAAACACUCUAGUUUUGAAUAGAACCACAACAGAAUGAAUUAUUCAUUUUGACAUUUCUUCUCUUCACACUCUCAUAGUAAAUCAAUUGAAUUUGGGUGAAAUGAUAAUGUUACGCACUCAGUAUUUCCCCUGAAUUGCUUAUCCCCAACAGUUCCCGAAACAUGCGGAUCUUUGGCGCAGCCAAAACCCUUCGUCAUUACAUCAGCAAUUUCGACGAUCAGGGCGAUACAAGGUUGAUUGUCCUCGAAGAUGCUGAUUGGCUCCUUCACGAAAAUAGAGUUAAGAAACUAUAGAGGACGAAUGUCGCUGCUGUUCCCUUUGUUCUCGUUUGCAUACAUGUCGGGUAUCUAUCUGUCAAACUGCAUACUUUUUCGCUUUGACACUUAUAUCCCGGCCUAUCUCCGCCAGCAAGAGAUGUUGCAGCAGCGACGCCAGCGACAUUCUUCCUCUAUAGUUUAUUAACUCUAUUUUCACGACCGUUCCAAUAGAGCUGAGCAAGUUCGACAUACAUACCAAUUCACAACUCGCCAGACACAGUGCAACGAGCGUUAAUGAUUAAUCAUGAAUUUAAUCAUGAUUAAUGAUAAUGAUUUAGAUUAAUCAAAAAUCAUUAAUCAUAAUCACAUUUUUGCCUUUCUUGUACACUAAGUGUACUGGAAAGGCUAUAUGGUCACUCCAAAAAUGACUUUUUGAUAGAAGGCCCGGAGGGUCGAGUCACAUAUCCCAAUCAACUCAGCUCGACGAAUUGAGGUGAUGUCUGUGUGUAUGUAUGUGUGUGUGUAUGUAUGUUAGAGUGGGUCAACGUUGUAUGGAGAAACUUUAAAUUUGACCGCAUCAACCCGGAACAAAGCUUUUUUGACUCCUUUUUGCGUCCAAAACAACUGUGCAAAAUUUGAGAGCGAUUGGUUGCGUCCCCGUAUUCCGCUUUGCGAUUGAAGUUUGUAUGGAAUUUAGUAUGGGAAAACGUACUUUUUUGCAUUUUACUCAUAAGUUGAAUUCUUUUGUCUAAUACCGUUUAACUAAUGACGUUAAAGUAUAGUCUAGGAUAUACCGGAAAACUUUGCCGAAGACCGCAAAGUGAUCCGACGCUUGUGAAAAAAGUUAUUCGCUUGGUAACUUAGGCCAAAAAUUGAGAUUUUAUUAUUGAUGUUAUUCCUUUACAUGUUAAAUGAUAAGCACCACCAGGCAAUCUGUGCGUUAUAACUUUUUUCACAAGUGUCGGAUCACUUUGCGGUCUUCGGCAAAGUUUUUCGGCAUAUCCUAGGCUAUGCUUCAACGUCAUUAGUUAGAUAGUUUUAGACGAAAAAAUUCAAUUUAUGAGAAAAAUGCGAAAAAGCACGUUUUCCCAUACUAAAUUCCAUACAAACUUUAAUCGCAAAGCGGAAUACGGGGACGCAACCAAUCGCUCCCAAAUUCUGCACAGUUGUUUUGGACGCUAAAAGGAAUCGAAAAUGCAUUGUUCCAAAAAAUCGACUUUGUUGACCCAGUCUAAUGUAUGUGUGUAUGUGUGUAUGUGUGUGUACAAAAAAAUCACAUCACUUUUUGGCAGUAAACCUCAACCGAUUUUAACGACCGACGGUUCAUUCGACGCGGAAUCUGGUCCCAUUGUUUCCUAUUGAAAAUGGUUCGGAUCGGUCCAGCCGUUCCGGAGUUAUGGCCAUUUAGGUGUUCCGGACCGGUACCCCAGGAAGGGGCCAGAUAUGAAAAUGCUACAACCCUAUGCAUGCGACACAUAAAACCGCGACAUUUUCCAUAACCUGAUGAACGGCAUACGUGCCAACUUGUGACGUAGUUGGGGGGGGGGCGAGGCCUCUCAAAAUAAACCAAAUUCGUAAAAUUUCGACGCAAUUCAUCUAGUUUAGGCAUAUUUACGUGAAAACUAGUGUAUUGAGCUAAAAAAAGUUGAAUUUUGUCCAAUUUUGGAGAGCUUCGCCCCCCCCCAACUACGUCACAAGUUGGCGCCUAUGAUGAACGGUAUGCAGGAAAAUACUCUCAGACCAUAUCUGAACCGGUAGUGUUCCAGAACCGGUUCCGGGUGUCCCGUCGGAAGUGGCCAAAUAAAAAAGUGAACCAAAUCCAUGCAUGCGACACAUCAAAUAGCGGCUUUUUCGAUAACCUGAUAAACGGCUAGCAAGACAAUUGGCUCACACCACAUUAGAAACUACAGGUAGUGUUCCGGAACCGGUUCCGAGCGUCGCGCCGGAAUUCUGAACCGGAGGUAUUCCGGAACCGAUUCCGAGUGUCCCGCCGGAAGUGGCUAAAUACAUAAGUGAACCAAAGUAAUGCAUGCAACACAUCAAAUUGCGGCUUUUUCGAAAACCCGAUGAACGAUUAGCAAGAAAAUAGAACCAGACUACAUUAGAAACUACCGGUAGUGUUCCGGAAUCGGUUGCAGUUGUCCCGCCGGAAAUGGUCAAAUGUAAAAGAGAACCAAACCCAAGCAUGUGACCAUUGGCGUAACUAGAGGGGGGGCCAGGGGGGCCAGGCCCCCCCCAGAAUCCGCCAGGCCCCCCCCAGAAAUUUUUCAUGACUUUAUAUAUGAAAAUUAGAAAAAAUCUGAAAACCACUGUCGUGGUGACAAACAUAGAUCUAUAUUCUC